UUUUUUUCUUGCUGUAGAAAUGGAGAUGAAUAUUUUUCUUUGCAUUUUUGUAGCACAUCACGUUUAUGGAAAUGCUCUAAGGGCCACGCAGAGUACAGUGAAGUUAAUGAGAGAACCUGAGGACGCCAUAGAUGGAAACACAAUGACAUAUUCCCUCACAGAAAAUCAAACUGAGCAGUACUGGAGUGUCAGAUUAGAUAAAUCCUACAAUGUAUCGUCAGUGUUUAUACGCAUCAGAGGAGCUAAUACAAACAAAAUGUUCCAUUUAUACAUAAACAACGAAAAGGGAACUUCCAAUGAAACGCUUUACAAUGAAUUCAGUUUUAACAAUACAAUAAUCAACGAAGAAUACAUCAGGAGUCGAGCAAAACUGCAAGGAAACACUUUAACCUUACGGAGAAAUGGAGAGAUCAGGCUGUUUGAGUUUAGACCCUUAGUCAUUAACCCACGGAGUGUACUUGACAUCAUAUCAGGCAAAGCUGUAGACUGCUUUCAAAACGCCUCUCCAGACAUAGUUGGCACCACGCUAAGCUAUGAUGAAAAAACGAAGUGUUCUGUCUGUGAAUCACAGAUUUUCCCAAAAAUGUGUAAUGAGAUUAAAGACGAAAUUUGGGUCAGUGUCUUGAUCGUUUGUGGUGGUUCCUUUGGAGGUGUUUUAAUACUGGCUCUUGCUUUAUUUAUCAAAUUAAAGUUAAGAAAAAAGAAUGAAAAAAGCUAUGACGUCAUUGUUCUUGAGGAAAUCCAUCAAAGUGUGCCAGAUCUUCUGAAUUUUGAGUUGGAGGAAGAGGAAGUAGAAUACUGCAAUCUGACGUCAUACCGUGUGUCCAUUGAUACCUUUAUACAGGAUGUAGCAAGGAAGAAAACUUACAACACAUUCUUAGAAGAAUUUCAGUCGCUUCCGAAUGGAUUGACAGAUGCUUACACAGAGGCUCUGAAAUGGACAAAUAUGUCUAAAAAUAGAUAUAGAAAAGUAUAUCCCUAUGACUACUCAAGAGUUAUUCUGGACCCGGCUGAAGGUUCUGGCAAAACAGAUUAUAUUAAUGCAUCAUACAUUAAUGGAUUCGAUAGAGAGAAGGCCUAUAUUGCUGCACAAGGUCCUUUUUCAUCGGAUACACUCAAAGACUUUUGGGCCAUGAUCUGGCAGAAUAACUGCACAAGGGUGGUGAUGCUGACAAAUAUAUACGAGGGUGAAAAGAUAUCAUGUUUGAGAUAUUGGCCACACACUGAGGACUUCAUUGGACCAUUUCACAUCAAAGUAGAUAGACAGGACAGCUACAGAGAUUACACAAUAAGACAGCUUGUAGUUACCAAAGAAACUGAAAAUCUAGACAGGCAAAUGCGCAUCAGUCACUUUCACUUUACCGCAUGGCACGAAACAAGGGUACCAGAAUGUGAAGACUCUAUCUUGUGUUUUAGAAACCUUGUUAAAUGUGGACUUUCAACAUCAGACGGACCUAUUCUGGUCCACUGCAGCGCAGGUAUUGGUCGCACUGGGACAUUCAUAGCUCUAGAUUAUCUGCUGGAGGAAAGUUUGGCGAAAAAAGAUCUUGACCUUAUUAAUUGUGUGUCUGCACUUCGUCAACAAAGAGGGUUUGCAGUUCAGACUUGUGAGGAAUAUAUUUUCCUUCACGAGGCACUUGUGAAAUAUUUCGUAAAACAUCGCCUGAUGACCGUCGCACAACAUCUUCCUCUGCAGAGUGUUUCAUUGAAUCCCUAAAAUGUACAAAAGCACUAGCAUUACUACUGACAUGUUUGUUCAAAAACAAAAACAAAACAGUCUCUUGCUUUGGCCUUCAAUUUGACAUUAAGAUAUAUCGACGACGUUUUAUCAAUUUACAAUAUUCAUUUUCAUUCCUAUGUAUAUCCCAAUGAACUCGAAAUAAGACACCACAGAGUCUGACACAUCUGGUUCUUGACUGGAUGUUUAACUAGAGAAAGACGUCGAUGGGAAACUGACAACUAAAAUUUAUAAUAAACGUGAUGACUUUAAUUUUCUAUCCUCAACUUUCCUUAAUAACGGCUCCCAGUUGAUUAUAUAUACGCAAGAGCAUGUUCUAUGCACGGACACUCUUUUAAUGAGACAAGCUACUGACAAAUAAGUUGAUGAUUCAAGAAGUUCAAUCCUCGGCUUUUGAGUAGAUCUUUGCCUACACUCUUGUCUAAAAAUUUUGUGUCUUACAUAUGUUUUAACAAUAUAUUUCGAUUUUACAAUUCCAAUUAAAUUACAUUAAUUUAAAAAAAAAGAUACAAUUAA